GGACCAGUAGAGAAGCGCAACUUGCCCCUGGACCAAUCAACGGAGAGCUGACAGGUUGAGGAAAUCUCCACAGUUACUGAUUGUAGAUACCUGUAUGGUGGAUCGUGUUUGAUCUGCGACACUCGGAUUCAACUUUUUCAUUUAACUCACUGUUUUUGCACUUUAUUUUAUAUUUCUAUUGAUUUUUAUUAAAAAUGGAAUGUAAAUUUAAGUAUUUUCCUGUUAUUAUACUAUGUCUUAGUUUAAAUCUAUUCAAGAAUGCGCGAUCUUCACCUGUGGAUGUAUAUAAUAAUGUGUUGGAGCUCGUGUCGCCAGGAGAAGAAUACCUGGAUGAAAUGGCAGUUGGCUCUUUUUUUAAUCUGUUAGAGAAACGUGUGCACUGCUCUGGUGUGUCGUGUGAAAAGUGCCUCUUUGUGGAGAACGUGGGACAGCUGGUGGACAGCUUCACCAGUCCUGGUGGUCUGCUCCACAAGGAGUUUUUUUUUAGGGUAGCUGCCGGACUCUGCCUCUACCUCAGUUCACCUUCCAAGACCUGCUCUGCCAUCAGAGCUGGGAGGUGGGGGGACGAGACUGACCACUUCAUCCAAGAGCACAUAGUCCAUGACCGAGAUGAGCAAGGACCCGGAAAAACUGACUGGAGUGGAAAAAGUGGAAUACAGACACUGAUCCGGAAAGUGGGGAAGCACUACAAGCAUAAUCAUCAAUACAACCAGCAAUGUCUCACUGCUCAAGACAUCUUAGAGGAGAGCAACGCCUCAUUGACUGAUGGUGGCCACCGCGACAUGGAUGUGGUGUUUGGACACAUCGUUUACCACGCCCUAUUAGGGGACUGUCUGACAGCAAGACCACUGCCCGAAGAAGCCUACUUCCUGGAUUUCAUAUUCAACCGCUUUGGCUCUGGCAACGUCACCAUAGACGAGCUGGCGGCCAUGAUGAAGAGCCUGCGUCUGGGCGGCUACCAUGAAGAGGAGGACCACAGUGAUCACGGACAUGGAGGUCAAGACGGCGAGCACGACAACCACGUUCACCAUGACGACCACAUUCACCAUGACGACGGAGCAGUCAGCGGGAGUCGUCGAGGUGGACUUAAGGCAUUCGGGCGUGACCGCUUGGAGGAGUAUCACCAGGGAAACAGCAGCUGGGACCUGAUGUGUUUCAGCCCUGAGGAGAUGGUCAAGAUCUACGGUCUGAACGAAUCGGGCCUGUCCCGGCCCGACAUCGCUCGGAUCAGCCCUGCCCUGGUCCAGCAGCUUCUGAGCGGGUCGUGCGGCCGGAUAACUCCACCCACUGACCCAUCGGACCAGCUCAGCACCACAGAGAAGUACCUGUAUGCCAGCCUGGCCAAUCUGCUGAUCUGUCUGAUCGCCAUGGUCGGCAUCGUGAUGCUGCUGUGCACCUCCUGCAGCUCGGUGUUCCAGCUGGUCCUGCAGUUCUGCGUCAGCCUGGCUGUGGGCUCCCUGACCGGGGACGCCCUGCUCCACCUGCUGCCCAUGUUUCUAGGACUCCAUCUCCACGCUGAAGAGACGGAUCACGGUCACUCAGAGGAGACCCCCGACUACGUCUAUAAAAUCCUGGUGUUGCUGGCUGGCAUCUACUACUUCUAUCUCAUGGAGGCCAUUUUCUCUAUCGUCACCGUCACCAAGAAAAGCCAUCCGCAUCACGGUGGGGAGGAAUCAGAGCCAGAUCAUUGUGACCAUGCUAAAGUCCUGGAGAUGUAUGUGCAGGAUAAAAAGAACAAGCAGUCAGCCUCGCAGACAGAUCUGGUGGAUGGAGGUGACACAGAGAAAGCAUGUCCAGAACCAAACCAACGCACAAAGGAGCAGCGCCUCCUGCCCUACAUGGUCACCAUAGGGGAUGCGAUCCAUAACUUCGCCGACGGCCUGGCCAUGGGAGCGGCUUUCUCUGUGUCCUGGAAGUCGGGCCUGGCCACAUCUCUGGCUGUGUUCUGUCACGAGUUGCCUCAUGAACUGGGUGACUUUGCGAUCCUCCUGCACAGUGGCUUGUCGGUGAAGAAGGCCCUGAUCCUGAACGUAGGCAGCGCCCUCACAUCCUUCAUCGGCCUUUACAUCGCCCUCACCAUCUCGACCGACCUGGCCACCAGACAGUGGAUCGCAGCAAUCACCUCGGGUCUCUUCCUGUAUGUGGGUCUGGCGGAUAUGCUUCCCACCAUGGUUCACGCGGACAGUCGCCAGCCGUGGCUCACCUUCCUGAUCCAGAACAUUGGACUGCUGAGCGGCUGGGGGAUCCUGCUUGUCCUGUCUCUGUACGAGGAUAAGAUCGGCUUCUAGAGCCUUCCUUUCCUAAACAUUCAGAUUACACUCCAUUUGCAUUAUUUUUGUCUUGCUAUUUCUGACCAGUUUUGAGAUUUUGAGGUUCUCAGUUUCUGUGUAAGAGUAUCAUAAUUGUUCUACAUGAUAACCUCAAAUUACUUUUCCAGAUGUUAAAUGAGAAUAGUGGAUAGUUCUGGUAUAUGCAUCUACGCAGUUGAGGAGUAAUCUGUUGAUUUUCACUGUAUUGAUAUGUCUUGUCAUUGCUGCUAAUAUCUGUGUUUGAAAUGAUUUCCUUCUCAAUGUAAUUACUUAAAACUGUAAUUUAUAUUACCUACACUCUUAGAAUGAAAGGGUUCUUUAGCUGUCCGCGUAGGAAUAACCAAUUUUGGUUCUAGGUAUUAAUAUUUUGGGUUCUGUGAAGAACUCUUGUAGAACAAUUUGAGGAUGGGGUUCUAAGAACCCAAAACCCUUCUACUAAGGGCAUUUUCCACAUGGAACCUUGAAGCUUCUUCAGAGUGGUCCCAAGUGGACAGCCUAAAACCGUAGAUUAAACAUUUUUUGUAAAA